UUGGUCAUCUUGAAUGAAAGUAAAAGUUUUAUUUUAACCACCUUCAAGGUGACCUAGCUACCUAGUGAUAACACGUCAAGAUGGUCUCGAACAAGACCUGAAUUCGAACUCACUGGAUAAACAUUUUGGAACAACCAUUUAGUCAAUGAUCACCGGAAUGUCGGUUAGGCCAUGGAUAUCAUAGCCAAAGAAACAUGGAUCUCUUUCUUAUCUGGAAUUUUUUAUUGUCUAGUUCGAUUUUUUAGUUUAGUUUGUCUAAAAAAACCCAUAACUUUACCCUUCAAUAUUUUUCACAGAAAGGGCAUGGUGCAUAUUUUGUCCAUAUUUAAGUUGAGUGGACUUAUCCUUUAUUUUAAAUACCCUGAAAAUAGGCCACUAGACAAAAGGCUAUGUUGGUAAAAUAGCAAGAAAACAUAAACAAAGGUCUAUUUAUAGGAUUACUUGCCUCUAUUUUUCUCUCAUGUGUAAGCUUCAAAAAUGGAAGAAAAAGGAUACACACAAGAUGGCACAGUCAAUCUUCGCAGGCAACCCGUGCUUUCUUCCAAAACUGGCAAAUGGAAAGCUUGUGCCUUUUUAGUUGGGUAUGAAGCAUUUGAGAGAAUGGCAUUUUACGGUGUGGCGUCAAACCUGGUGGUAUAUUUGACAACACAAUUACACGAAGACACAGUUUCAUCUGUUAGGAAUGUGAAUAAUUGGUCAGGAGCGGUAUGGAUGACUCCAAUUCUUGGUGCAUAUAUUGCUGAUUCAUAUUUGGGUCGUUUCUGGACUUUCACCUUGUCCUCACUCAUCUAUGUGUUGGGGAUGGUGUUAUUAACAUUGGCAGUUUCAAUGAAAUGUUUAAAGCCAACAUGCAACAAUGGAGUAUGCAACAAAGCCACUACCUCUCAAAUUGCAUUUUUCUAUUCAUCUUUAUAUAUUAUAGCCAUAGGUGCAGGUGGGACCAAACCUAAUAUUUCAACUUUUGGUGCUGAUCAAUUUGAUGAUUUUGACCCGGGUGAAAAAAGGCUAAAAGUAUCCUUUUUCAACUGGUGGAUGUUCAGUAGCUUCAUGGGUGCACUUAUUGCCACCCUUGGUCUAGUUUAUAUUCAAGAAAACUUGGGUUGGGGUCUUGGCUAUGGCAUUCCAACAAUUGGUCUUAUUGUGUCCCUUCUUAUUUUCUACAUUGGUACACCUAUGUAUAGGCAUAAAAUUAGGAGGACACAAAGUCCCGCUAGAGAUUUCUUUCAUGUUGUCAGGGCAGCAUUUGCCAAUCGCCACCAUGAACCAGCACGUGAUCCUUCGGAGCUUCACGAAUUAGAUUUACAACACUAUGUGGAUAGCCGUAAACGUCAAAUCUACCAUUCUCCAAUUUUCAGGUUCUUGGACAAAGGUGCACUAAAAGAAGAGAAGCUUGGCAACUCAGUAAGGCCACCAUGCACAAUUACUCAAGUGGAAGGAGUCAAGCUUGUUCUAGGGAUGGGGAUGAUAUGGCUUGUAACCUUGAUUCCUAGCACUAUUUGGGCACAAAUCAAUACCUUGUUUGUUAAACAAGGCACCACUUUGGACCGACAUCUUGGAUCAAGCUUCCAGUUACCUGCAGCGUCGUUAGGGAGCUUUGUUACGCUUUCUAUGUUGGUAUCGGUGCCAAUGUAUGAUAGGUAUUUUGUGCCUUUAAUGCGUAAAAGAACCAAGAACCCUAGGGGAAUCACCCUGCUUCAAAGAAUCGGGAUUGGAUUUGCAAUUCAAAUCCUAGCCAUUGCAAUUGCUUAUGUAGUAGAAGUUAUAAGAAUGAAAUCCAUCAAAUCAAACCAUAUUCUAGAUCCUAAAGAAGUUGUCCCAAUGUCCAUUUUCUGGCUAUUGCCACAAUACAUUCUACUAGGGGUGGCUGAUGUGUUUAAUGCUAUUGGAUUGCUCGAAUUCUUCUAUGACCAAUCCCCCGAAGAUACACAAAGCCUUGGAACAACUUUUUUCACGAGUGGAAUUGGCGUCGGCAACUUCUUAAACAGUUUCUUGGUGACAAUGGUAGACAAGGUAACGAGUAGGAAUGGAAAGAAGAGUUGGAUCGGGAAAAACUUGAAUGAUUCACAUUUGGAUUACUAUUAUGGAUUCCUUUUGUUAAUCUCAGUAGCAAAUAUGGGAGCUUUCUUGUGGGCAUCAAAGAAAUACAUAUAUAAACGAGAAUCACAUCUUGAAGCAAAUGAUGAAAGUCUAGGAAUUGAAUGCAAAACCUUGGAAGCAAUUCCAUUAGGAUUACAAGUUUAAUAUUUGAAACAAGAUUGUUUUCGUACCCGUUUUAUAGUAAAAUUAUUAGAAUUCAGCAGGUAACUUCGGCUUAUGUAUACUUGUAAUAAAAAGCCUUUAUAUAUAUAUAUAAAAUUAUUAGAAUUCAGCAGGUAA